AUGAGUUCUAGUUCAAGGCUCGUCAGCAGUGCUGCGACCCGGAGAAUAUUGCUUCAUUCAUCUUCCCGCCUGCCACAGUCUUCUCUUUUAGCCACCCGGUCGCAGUUCACCCGGUCUCUACCAGCGAAAGUCCAGGCGCUGGCCAUUCUUCUUCCCCAGAGAAAUUAUGCCACAGCGACAAGCACACAUGGUUCUGAUGGCGGACCGCCGCCAGGAUUCAAUAUAAACGAAGCAAAGAAGCCGUUGUCCAAGGACGGAGAUAAGACACUGUCACCCACUCCGACGGUCGCCGAGCUCAAGGAGUCCGGUGAGCAGCUAAAGACACCCAAGGACGAAGCGACCAUGGUGGACAAGACCAAGGCUUUGGAAGAUGCGUCGUUGACAGAUUUGCCCGCCGGGAAGGCUGCUGCAGAGUCAACCCAAUCCGGUGCUUCUGUGCCGGCGAAUAAAAAGGAGGAUGCGAAGAAGCUGACCAUCGGCCAAAAGAUCAAAAAAGAGAUUAUGCAUUAUUGGGAUGGCACCAAAUUGUUGGCUGCUGAAGUCAAGAUUUCAUCGAAGUUAGCUUUGAAGAUGGCUGCUGGCUACGAACUCAGUAGGAGGGAGAACAGACAACUUCAACGAACAGUUCAAGAUCUGGGACGUCUGGUCCCAUUCUCUGUUUUCGUCAUUGUUCCCUUCGCCGAAUUGCUGCUCCCUGUGGCACUGAAGAUCUUCCCUAACAUGUUGCCAUCGACGUUUGAAGGCCAGAAAUCCCGCGAAGACAAAGCCAAAAAAUUGCGGGAAACACGCAAGGGGGUUUCUUCGUUCCUGAGAAAUACACUUCGAGAGACCGGCCUGCCAGUUUCGGCAGUGAAUGCUAGAAAGGAGGAAUUUACCGAGUUCUUCCGGAAGGUCCGCGCUACUGGAGAAUCCCCGUCGCGAGAGGACGUGAUCAAAGUUUGCAAGACUUUCAAGGAUGAUUUGACGCUGGACAACCUUUCCCGGCCACAGUUGGUGGGCAUGUGCAAAUACAUGAACUUAAACACGUUUGGUACAGAUGCCAUGCUGCGGUAUCAGAUUCGCCACCGCAUGAGACAGAUCAAACGCGAUGACAAGGCCAUAUCUUUCGAAGGUGUUGACUCCCUGUCCGUACCAGAAUUGCAAAUGGCAUGUGCCUCCCGAGGCUUGCGGACGCACGGCAUGUCGCCCGGUCGACUGCGAGAAGAUCUCCAGAUGUGGCUUGAUCUCCGACUGAAAUACAACAUUCCAUCCACUUUGCUGGUGCUGAGCAAUGCAUAUAUGUAUGCUUCCGGCAAGGACAGUGCAAUCGAUUCGCAGAUCGACGCCCUGCAGGCUGUCCUCAGUAGCAUUCCCGAGGAGUUGUUCCACGAAAUUGAACUUGAAGUUCACAACGCAGAAGGUGCUGCCACCAACAAACAACGUCUAGAAGUGCUGAAGGAGCAACAAGAACUUAUUGAGGAAGAGAAUGAACAAGCUGAAUCCAGCAAGACGGACGACGACAAGUCUGCCAGCAAGGGUGUCAAGGAUGACAAGGACAUUGAUGAAAAGCCCAAGCUCAAGACUGACGCCAAGGCAAAGGAUGCCACUCCAGCAGCAGAGGCCCAGGAGGCGGAGAAGGAUGCGUCGGAGCAAGCCAAACAGGAACCAGCAAGAAAAGAAGAAGAGGUCAAGAAGGACUGA